GAGAGAUUAUGUCAUACUCUAUCAAAAAAACUGAGGAACCACCUGAUCAGCAUCCUAUACAGCAAACAGGAAAACAUCAAAAAAGAGCUCUCCAACCUGGAGACUCUCAUUAAUAACCAAACUUCUAUACAAACGGACUUCACUAGAAUAAGACAGGAGAUCUACAUUACUCACUUCACCUCUCUUCAAAGGAAAAAGGACUGUAAGCUGUCUAAACUCCUACCUGCCACAUGGGGCCACAACAGUGGUACCCCUAACCCACCCAGCAAUAUCGUCAAUCUAUCCAACUACACACUCAGCCCAGAAGAAAAGUCUGUCCUAUCUCAGGGACUCUCUUUCUGCCCUGCCACCCCCACCAACAUGAUACAGUUCUGUGGCGAUCUGGAAGCCUACUUUCGCCGUCUCCGACUCAAAGAAUACUUCCAGGACAACACUGAACAGUGCACUGAUACACGGGUGCCCUCCCACCAACAGCACAAGAAAAAGAACUCCACAUGGACUCCUCCUGAGGAUCGAAAUGACAGCCUGGACCUAUACAUUGAAUGCUUCCGCCGGCGUGCACAAGCAGAAAUCGUGGAACAACAACAUCGCUUGCCUCACAACCUAAGUCGUGCAGAACGCAAUGCCAUCCACAGCCUCAGAAACCACCCUGACAUUAUCAUCAAAGAGGCUGAUAAAGGAGGUGCCGUUGUCAUCAUGAACAGGUCUGACUAUCAAAAGGAGGCAGCCAGACAACUCUCCAAUACCAAAUUCUACAGGCCACUUCCCUCAGAUCCCACUGAGGAAUACACUAAGAAACUACAGCAUCUACUCAGGACACUCCCUACACUAACACCAGAAGAAAUCAACAUACCCCUAGAGCCCCGACCAGGGUUAUUCUAUCUACUACCCAAGAUCCACAAACCCGGCAAUCCUGGACGCCCCAUCAUCUCGGGCAUUGGCACUCUCACUGAAGGACUGUCUGGAUAUAUGGACUCUCUACUCAGACCCUAUGCCACCAGCACUCCCAGCUAUCUCCGCGACACCACUGAUUUCCUGAGGAAACUACAAUGCAUUGGUGACCUCCCAGAAAACACCAUCCUAGCCACCAUGGAUGUAGAGGCUCUCUUCACAAACAUCCCACACACAGAUGGAAUACAAGCUGUCAGGAACACUAUCCCUGAUGAUGCCACAGCACAACUGGCUGCUGAGCUCUGUGCCUUUAUACUUACACACAACUAUUUCAAAUUUGAUGACAAUAUAUAUCUCCAGAUCAGUGGCACUGCUAUGGGCACCCGCAUGGCCCCACAAUAUGCCAAUAUCUUCAUGGCCGACCUGGAACAACGCUUCCUCAGUUCUCGUCCACUCACACCCCUUCUCUAUCUACGCUACAUUGAUGACAUCUUCAUCAUCUGGACCCAUGGGAAGGAGACUCUGGAAAAAUUCCACCAUGAUUUCAACAGCUUCCACCCCACCAUCAACCUCAGCCUGGAUCAAUCUACACGGGAGGUCCACUUUCUUGACACCACGGUGCAAAUAAGUGAUGGUCACAUUAACACCACCCUAUAUCGAAAACCCACCGACCGCUAUGCCUACCUUCAUGCCUCCAGCUUCCAUCCCGGGCACAUCACACGAUCCAUUGUCUACAGCCAAGCACUGAGGUACAACCGCAUCUGCUCUGACCCCUCAGACAGAGACCACACCUACAAAAUCUCCACCAAGCAUUCUCAAAACUACAAUACCCACACGAGGAAAUAAGGAAACAGAUCAACAGAGCCAGACGUGUACCCAGAAGCCUCCUACUGCAAGACAAACCCAAGAGAGAAACCAACAGGACUCCACUGGCCAUCACAUACAGCCCCCAGCUAAAACCCCUCCAACGCAUCAUCAAGGAUCUACAACCCAUCCUGGACAAUGAUCCCACACUUUCACAGGCCUGGGGUGGCAGGCCAAUCCUUGCCCACAGACAACCUGCCAACCUGAAACAUAUUCUCACCAGUAACUGCACACCACACCAUAAUAACUCUAGCUCAGGAACCAAUCCAUGCAACAAACCUCGAUGCCAACUCUGCCCACAUAUCUACACCAGCGACACCAUCACAGGACCUAACCAGAUCAGCCACACCAUCACUGGUUCAUUCACCUGCACAUCCACCAAUGUAAUAUACGCCAUCAUAUGCCAGCAAUGCCCCUCUGCUAUGUACAUCGGCCAAACUGGACAGUCUCUACAGAAAAGGAUAAAUGGACACAAAUCAGACAUUAGGAAUGGCAAUAUACAAAAACCUGUAGGAGAGCACUUCAACCUCCCUGGCCACACUAUAGCAGACCUUAAGGUGGCCAUCCUGCAGCAAAAAAACUUCAGGACCAGACUUCAAAGAGAAACUGCUGAGCUUCAGUUCAUCUGCAAAUUUGACACCAUCAGCUCAGGACUGAACAAAGACUGUGAAUGGCUUGCCAAUUACAGAACCAGUUUCUCCUCUCUUGGUUUUCACACCUCAACUGCUAGAACAGGGCCUCAUCCUCCCUGAUUGAACUGACCUCGUUAUCUCUAGCUUGCUUGCUAGCACACAUAUAUAUACCUGCCCCUGGAUAUUUCCAUUACAUGCAUCUGAGGAAGUGGGUAUUCACCCACGAAAGCUCAUGCUCCAAAACGUCUGUUAGUCUAUAAGAUGCCACAGGAUUCUUUGCUGCUUUUACAGAUCCAGA